AUGGUCGCCGGCACCGAUGCUGAAGCUCUGCAAAUCUCGACCUCCUGGAUUGCGUCCUUGGACAACGCAUUCGCCUCCAACGAUGUAGACGCGAUCGUCUCCCUAUUCCUACCCGACGGCUGGCUGCGCGACCUGCUCACCUUCACCUGGAGCCUCCGCUCGCUCCACGGCGCCCCCACCAUCUCCGCCUACCUGGCGCCUACACUCUCCAAUGCCAGGGUGCGCAAUCUUGCGCUCGAACGAGGCCGCGGUAUCCUCCCGUCCUUCGUGCCCGGGCGCCCGGUGCCCACCGUAGAAACCGCCUUCGCGUUCCACAACGCCGUCGGCCCGUGCCGCGGGCUGGCCAACCUCGUACAAAACUCGGAGGGGGAGUGGAAGGCGCACACGGUCCUCAUGAUGCUGGACGACAUCAGCGGGCACGAGGAGGACCAAGGAGGCGGGUACACUUACGAGGAGCGUACGGUGACCUGGGGCGAGUUGCGGACGCGCGAGGUCGAGAAGAUAGAGCAGGAGCCGGAGGUCGUUAUACUGGGCGCAGGACAUAGCGGCUUGCAGUGCGCUGCGCGGUUCAAGCGGAUGGGUAUCCGGGCGCUGGUGAUCGAGAAGAACUCUAGGGUCGGCGAUAAUUGGCGCCAAAGAUACCCCUCGCUGAAACUGCACACGCCUCGGGCGCACCAUCAAUUUUUGUACGCCUCGUUUCCGUCCACGUGGCCCACCUGGACCCCGCGCGACAAGCUCGCCGACUGGAUCGAGUCCUACUCCAAGUUACAAGACCUCGUCGUCUGGACGAACUCGCAGAUCCUGCCCGUACCGACAUACGACCCGGCCGUCAAGCGCUGGACCGUCCAAGUCGUGCGCGAGGGAUCCGAGCGCGUCCUACGCCCCGCGCACAUCGUCCUCGCCACCGGCACGCUCGGAGACCCGCUCGUACCCACCAUCCCGGGCCAAGCCGCCUUCCCCGGCCCCGCGAUCCACUCCUCCUCUUUCCCCGGCGGCCAAGCGUAUGCCGGACAGCGCGUGCUGAUCGUCGGUGCGGGGACGACCGCCGCGGACGUCGCGCAGGACCUCGUCUACCGCGGCGCGUCUUCGGUCACCAUCCUCCAGCGCUCGUCGACCACCGUCGUCUCGAUCGCGUACAACACCGAGAGGCUGUUCAAGCGGCGCUUUCCGGAGGACGUGCCUAUCGGUGUCUUAGACCUCCGGAGCGCGGCGACGCCGCUCGGGCUGCUUAAGACGAUCUUGCAGGCGCAGCAGGCGGAGGCGAGGGAGUUCGAUCGGGAGAUGAUCGAGGGCUUGCAUCGGGCAGGGUUCGCGACGAAUGAUGGGCCGGAGGGGGCCGGCCAGUAUUGGGGCGUAUUGACCAGUUUGGGGGGAUUCACGGUCGACGUGGGAUGCGCGGCGCUCAUCACGGACGGAUUGGUCAAGAUCAAGCAUGGCGUGGAUAUUGCCAAGUUGGAGGAGAAGAGGGUGGUUUUUGGCGACGGAUCCGAAAUGGAGGUAGACGCCCUGAUCUACGCAACGGGGUAUAAGAACAUCCGGGACUGCGUGCGCGAGAUAUUCGGGAGCAUCAUCGACAAAACGUCGCCGGUAUGGGGGGUAGAUGAGGAAGGCGAGCUCCGGGGCUGCUAUAAGCCUUCCGGACAAGAGGGUCUUUGGUUCGCUGCAGGGGACUUUUUUGGACCCCGCUUCUACUCUAAACAACUUGCGUUGCAGAUCAAGUCACAGCUGCUCGGGAUCAACUGA